AUGGUUGUAGCUCCUUUACUACGCCUUCCUCAAUCAGGGGUGCGUUGUAUGGGCUUUUUUAGGCCACACUUCAACCCUGUGAAGAGCCACAUUUGUCCCCAGAGUCUACAGCUGAAUAUCCCAAAAGUGCAACGUUUCUCAACCUCAUAUUCAAAAUGGCAGGACGAGUCUUUUUUGGACCGAACACGCAAUAUCGGGAUCAUUGCCCAUAUUGAUGCUGGCAAGACCACAACCACCGAGCGCAUGCUGUUCUACAGCGGCUUCACUCGACGCAUUGGUGAUGUGGACGAGGGUUCAACUGUCACGGAUUUCCUGCCUGCGGAGCGUGCUCGUGGAAUCACGAUCCAAUCUGCUGCUAUUACCUUCCAUUGGCCUCCUGGGGAUGGCGCUGAAAGCCAAGCCGGGACUCAAGAUGCAUCCAUGCCUCGCUCAGCAAACUCGCAUACUAUUAAUCUCAUUGAUACGCCGGGGCAUGCAGACUUCACCUUUGAGGUCAUGCGGUCCCUGCGCAUCCUAGAUGGCGCUGUUUGUAUCUUGGACGGGGUUGCUGGCGUUGAGGCACAGACAGAGCAGGUCUGGAACCAGGCCAGCACAUAUAAAAUCCCUCGAGUGAUUUAUGUGAAUAAGCUGGAUCGGGAUGGUGCAGCAUUUGGUAGAACAGUGCGAGAAGUAAGCUCUCGUUUGUCUGUUUAUCCAGCAGUAUGUCAUAUUCCUUGGUUCCAAGGAGGAAAUGGGCCUUUUGUUGGUGUGGCAGACGCUAUCAAUCUUCAGGGAUUGCAGUGGAAAGAAGGCGGAGAUGGUCGCUCGGUAAAAAUGCUAAACCUAGAGCAAUUGGAUGCAGAAGAACCGGCUCUGGCAGAGGAGCUCCGACGGGCUCGCAUUGCUCUCAUUGAACUAUUGAGUGAGCAGGAUGAGAUCAUGGUGGAGAAGUUUUUUGAGUACGAGGACCAUUUGGCAGUGCCCUCAAUGGACAUAAUCGAUAGUCUCCGCCGCUGUGUGCUGGACCCCACAAGUCGAAUCGUGCCCCUCUUUGCAGGGGCCAGCUUCCGCAACAUGGGUGUGCAGCCCCUGCUUGAUGCUGUGGUCAAUCUUCUCCCCAGCCCUCCAGAGGCACCAGAUCCGGAAGUGAGCAUUGGAGGUGUUAAGGGAGGCCUACGACGACUGCUUUCAGGUGAUCUGAUCGUGGAGCAGAGCGAGCAAGCGCUCACUUCUUCCAAGGGCAAGAAAAAGAAGAAGAAUGCUCUUCUUAUGAAUCCCAAAGACGCCAUUUCUAAACUCCAAAGUUGUGCCUUGGCUUUCAAAAUGGUCAAUGACCCCAAGCGCGGUGUCUUGGUCUACGUCCGGGUAUAUUCUGGAUCCCUUGACCGCAACAGCUUGCUCUUCAACACAAACCUGCACCUCUCUGAACGUGCUCCUCGUCUCCUGAAGAUGUACGCCAACGAUGCGGUAGAGGUGGACUCCAUCCCUGCCGGUCACAUCGGUGUCGUGGUCGGCCUGAAGCACGCUCGAACCGGUGACACCCUGCUGUCAUAUGCAGGAAACAAACCUACGCCCCCUGAACCACUGACGACCCUUCAACUACGCCCAAUCGACGUACCUCCACCUGUCUUCUUUACUAGCGUGGAACCGCACAGUCUAAGCGAAGAAAAGCGAAUGCAAGAAUCCCUUUCGCUUCUGCUGCGAGAAGACCCCAGCUUGCAUGUCAGUGUAGACGAAGAGUCUGGCCAGACCCUGCUCAGCGGAAUGGGCGAAUUGCACCUUGAGAUCGCCCGUGAUCGCCUAAUCGAUGAUCUCAAGGCCAAGGCAUCCAUGGGCCGCAUUGAAAUCGGAUACCGAGAAUCCACUCUCGGCGCCUCGAGCCCCAUCACUAAGAUCUUUGAGAAAGAUAUUGCCGGCCGUAAAGGCAAAGCAGGCUGCACGGCAAUUGUGGAACCUUGCAAUGAAGAAAGUGUCUCCGAGGCCGCUGACGAAGAUACCAUCCUCGCCGAGACCAUCGAAGGAAACCAGAUUAUCAUCCGCGCCCCAGGGCUACAAAUAGAGACCGUCAGGAACGAAGAAGAGACCAGCCCAUUCCUUCCACCAGGCAUGGAUCUAAAUACUCUUCGUAUAGCGAUGCAGAACGGUGCUCUGGCAGCGCUUGCACGUGGUCCCCAGUUUACAUUCCCCAUGCACAACACACGAGUCACACUCAACCUUGACCCAGCGGAGCAUCUUUUCGGUGGCGACACCACCACAUCCGCACUCUCUGCUGCCGCUCGCCAGGCCACUUCUGCUGCUCUGCGAGACCUCCUGACUGGCGCCGGGACUGUCAUGAUGGAACCGGUCAUGAAUGUCAUUAUAAGCGUCGACGAGGCCAGCCUGGGCUCUGUUGUUCACGAUAUUUCCUCUUCACGGGGUGGGCACAUCCUUUCGCUGGACGAGGAUGUCUCGGCUUCCGCUACAGAUGAUUCUGACUCUCUUCCUCCUAUUGACCCGAAACGUGUGUAUGCCCCUGCCGAUCCAUUCGAGACAACUUCUGUUGGUAUUCAAGUACACGCGCCUACUUCAAGACAGCGCAAUAUUACUGCGAAGGUUCCCCUUAAGGAGAUGGUUGGGUAUUUGAAGCACCUCCGCAGUCUGACUGCUGGUCGUGGUACAUUUGUGAUGAGUGUUGACCGAUUUGAGAACAUGUCUUCUCAGAGACAAAAGGCUGUCUUGACCGAGCUGAGAGGUGGUUUCUAG